AUGGACUUAUUGGAUCAGCAGAAAGAAAAGGAAGAGCUAAACGAGAUCCGCGGAAAGCUGUUUGCCAACGGUUUUGCCAAUCCCGAGGAGGAAAUACGACGAGUAAGUUGUGAUCGACGUUGUACGAUUACGAACACUUAUGACUUUUUAUUCUGUAGAUGGAAGAAGCAGGAGAAAAAAGAAGCGGUUCUCGACCCGACAACAUUCGUUCCGGCAGACGCCGACGGCGGCAAUCGUCCUCUAGGAUUUACGGGUUUAAAGUUGGGCGUUGGUGGUUCAUCGUCUUCGAACCUACGGAAGGUGUUCAACGAGGAAAACGAAGAUGAGACAGAAGAAAAUGCCCCCUCCCGCCCACUGGUUCCACUGGAGUAUACGGAAGAGGAGAAGCGAGCGGUCGAAGAAUCGCGACUAACGGCUGAAGAGAAGAAGAAGAUGAUCAAGUCUUUGAUAGAAAAGAUUCCCACCUCCAAAGAUGAACUUUUUAAAUAUACAAUCGACUGGACUUACAACUUGAUCGAAAAGCGGUUAAAGCCUUGGGUUGUGAAAAAAAUCGUUGAAUAUAUUGGUGAAGAAGAGCCGAGCUUAGUUGAUUUUAUUUGUCAAAAAGUCGACGAGAAAGCUAGCCCUCAGAGCAUACUGGAUGACGUGUCUAUGGUCUUGGAUGAAGAGGCAAGUGUUUUUGUAGUGAAGUUGUGGCGGUUGCUCAUCUAUGAAAUCGAAGCGAAGAAAAUCGGUAUCGUAAAAGGUGAUAGUCAGGGUUGA